AUGCUAACCAGUAAAUUGCCACACAUUUACAAGGACCCCGAAGUAUAUGACCCUGACCGGUUUUGUUCUGGUAGAGACGAUGAUAAAGUUGGUGGCAUAUUCUCUUACACAACUUUUGGUGGUGGAAGGCAUGUUUGCGCUGGGGAGGCCUAUGCUUUCAUGCAAAUUAAAAUUAUAUGGAGCCAUUUGCUGAGAAAUUUUGAACUCGAACUGACAUCUCCUUUUCCCAAGAUAGAUUGGAGCAAGUACGCAUUAGAGCAAAAAGGGAAAGUGAUGGUAAACUAUAAGAGACGCCAUCUGGCAAGCAACUAA